AUGGAAAUUAUACAAAACCCUCAGCCCAGUAGAAGUAAUGGAACGGAAAACUUACGCAGGGAUGACAUGAACAAUGAGGUAUCAUCGACAUCAAGUGAUGAUUUGACACAAAACGGUACAGUAACAAAAUUUAACAACUUCUACAAAUCUCGCUACAAGGAGUCCGCUGCCUCUGACAAUGAGGUAGAACCGAGACGUUCUGCUCCACCGAGAAGUCUUUACAAGAGCAUGGGGAACAUUCAUGAGCACUAUAAGAACAGCGAAAUGAGCAGAAACCAGACCAGAGUACAAAAUAGUAUAAGCAAUGUAGACCUUACCCAUCAUAGAGAGAAUAUAAAGAAAUUUGACACUCUUCAAGUGCCUAUAGUUGGUUAUGAAGUCAUGGAGGAGAGGGCACGUUUCACAAUUUAUAAACUAAAAGUGGAAGAUGAUAAACGGGACCAGUCUUGGUUGGUGUUCCGUCGUUACACUGAUUUUGUUAGACUUUACUCUAGAAUUAAGGCUGAGAAACCGAAUCUUAUAUUGCCAUUGCCUGGCAAAAGAUGGUUUAGGGACAACUUCGAGCCUGCAUUCCUCGAGGACAGAGUGAGAGGGUUACAGAUAUUUAUUAAUGCAAUAUUGAGUAAGCUACCCAACGACCCUGUUGUGAGGGAGUUUUUUUGUUUGGACGAACCACCACAAGUGUUCAGCUAUCAACCGGAAGUGCAAGCAGUGUAUGGUGCUUUAGAAGACUCAAUAACGACACUGAAAAUGCAACUGAAACAAAAAGAUGCUACGAUAAUGCAUUUACAAAAGAGGGUAGCACAAUUAGAAGAGCAGACUAAAAGUUGCCCUAAUUGUAGUACAAAUAAAGCUGUUAAUCCUAUAGAGUAA